AUGGCAGCGGUAGACGAGGUCCUCGCGGCCCUCGAGCAGGCGCCACAAGGCGAUGAAGACGCCAAGAUCGAGGCGCUCAAGGGGCUCACGGCCUUGAUCGACCCGGCGGACGAGUCUUACGAAGUGCAGCGCAGCGCAGCUGGGCGCGUGCUGCACGUGCUCAUGCAGCUGCUGGAGGACGACUCCCAGGCGGUGGUGGUGGAGGCGGCCAACAGCCUGGCGGCGCUGAGCGACCACGCCGGCGUUGUGAAGGACCGGCUGGAGGCGGGCCACUUUGCGGCCACCGCGGAGAAGGUGGCGCUCAACCCGGUGCAGGAGGAGGUCGGGGAGCUGGAGGGCAUCUUUGGUGUGUUGGUCAACCUGCGGUUCAGCGAGAGCGAGCCGGUGGCGGUGGCAGGCACCGAAGCUCUGGCAGCGCUGACGUCACUCAACCGCGCCAACACCAUUACGCUGCUGCAUGAGGUGGUUCACCGCCUGGGCCAGGGUGAGGCGCGCGCCCUGGGGGCCCUGGACGACCUGGUGGUGGGCAUAGACAUCAGGGAUGACGUGGCCGUGCUGCUGGACCAGGCCCUGAGCCCCGCCCUGGGCUUCCUGCGUACCGGCAGCCCGGCCGACAAGGCGGCGGCCGCGGCGCUGCUGGGCAACAUCGCCGAGGGGCGGCGCGGGGCGGCUACGUACCUGGUGGCGGAGGGCGCGCUGCCGCUGGCUGCAGAGCUGCUGGACGACCGCAAGCUGCUGUCCCCUGCCAAGGCCGCCCUGGGUGUGUCUGGCAAGCAGCUGGUGGAGCCGCUGCUCGACCUCGUGGAGCAGAGCGAGGGGCAUGCACAGGCGGAAGCCGAGGGCGAGGGCGAGGAGGAGCCCGAGGGCGACAUCAACGUGGUGGAGAACGGCGACAGCGCGCUCCUGCUGCUGCGCGCGCUGGCCGCGCAGGACCCCGAUGUCACGCAGGCCCUCAAGGGUGAGGGCGGCCUGCUCACCACUCGCAGCUGCGCGAUUAUGUAG